AUGGCAUCAUCAUUUUCUGGCCUAACAAGUUCCAUUGUUCUUGUGUUUCUUUGUGUGGCCGUGCGCGUGACAUACGGGACUCAGGAGAAUAGGCCAGUGCUGUUCAUAUUUGGAGAUUCAACUGCAGAUGUGGGCACUAAUAAUUUUCUGGGAACAGGAGCAAGGGCCAAUGUCCCUUACUAUGGGAUUGAUUUUCCAAACUCUGUGGCCACGGGAAGGUUCAGCAAUGGCUUCAACACUAUUGACCACAUUGCUAAACUAUUCGGAUACGUGGAGAGUCCGCCACCAUACUUGGCUCUGCGAUUUGAUCAUCCCGACACUUUCAAUAAGAAUGUACUAAGAGGGGUGAAUUUUGCAUCAGGAGGGUCUGGAAUUCUCAGAGAAACUGGGAAAAAAAAAUGGGGCGGGGUAUUACCCCUUGAGAAGCAAGUGGAACAAUUUGCAGUGGUGCGAUCAAGUAUAGCUGAGACACUGGGGACUAAUCAGACUGCAACUUUCCUUUCAAAAGCUUUGUUCAUAAUCAGCGUUGGAGGCAACGACCUGUUGGAAUUCUCCACCAACCAAAGUGCCACCAGAUUAGGCCAGAAUCAAUACUUGGCUGCUCUUCAAUCCAACUACUACACUCAAAUUCUGAAUCUAUACGCAUUAGGGGCAAGAAAAUUUGGGAUCAUAAGCGUAGCAGCCAUAGGGUGCUGUCCUGCAGUAAAAGCGAUGAACAAUAAUGGAGGAGAGUGUGUGGAACCACUCAACAAAUUUGCAACAGUAUUCAACUCUGUAACUGCUUCCACGUUGCAGAGGUUAAGCUCUGACCUGAGGGAUUUCAAGUACUCACUGGGCGAUUCCUUUGCUAUGACUUCAGCCGUCCUGCGAAGUCCCUCCUUGUUUGGCAUAAAGGAGACGAAGAAGGCAUGUUGUGGAGUUGGGAAGCUGAAUGGACAAGGUCCAUGCCUUAAGUCCAUUAAUGCUGAGCUUUGUGGAAACCGUAAUGAUUUCUUGUUUUGGGAUUGGUUCCAUCCAACUGAUAAAGCUUCCUUUCUAGCAGCUUCUAAACUUUUUAACGGACCUCCCAUUUUGGUCACUCCCAUCAACUUCCGUCAGCUUGCUCAGAUUUAG